AUGAUGAAUAUUAUUGCUUGGAAUGUUAGAGGUGCUGGUAAGGAUAGGUGUGCUAGUACUAUUAAAGAUCUAAAAAAGGCUUAUGUCAUUGAUGUGUUUGCUGUUCUUGAGCCUCGAAUAAGUGGCCCUAGGGUGCUCAGUGUUGCUCAGAGUUUGGGUUUUUCUCAUUACCAUAUUGUUGAUGCUUCUGGUUUUUCUGGAGGCGUUUGGCUGUUGUGGAAUGGUAAUUCGGUCUCUCUUCAAGUUGUUGCGCACUCUAGCCAAUCUAUCACUGCUUUAGUAAACUUGAGGAAUCAUAGGUGGCUUCUCACUGUUGUUUACGCAAACCCUUGCCCUGGGAUUUGUGAAGCUUUAUGGAAGUACUUUGAUGGUCUUAUUAAAGCUUCCAAUCUGCCUUGGCUUGUUCUAGGUGAUUUUAAUGAUAUUGUGAGUAUGGAUGAGAAAUGUGGGGGUAAUUUUGAUCAAGGUGGUAAAAGGUUUGGUGAGUGGAUUGAUCGUAACCAUUUGGUUUACCUGGGUUUCUCUGGGGCAAAGUUUACUUGGUGUAAUAAACGGAAUGCUGAAGGAAUUAUCUGGAAGAGGCUUGAUAGGGGCCUUUGUAGUAUUGAUUGGCGUCUUUUGUUCCCUGAGGCUCACCUCAUGCAUCUUCCUAGGGUGAACUCGGAUCACUGUCCUAUUUUGGUGCGCCUUGACUCCAAACAUUAUCCUAAUAGAGCUAAUGUGCCUUUUCGUUUUCAAGCCAUGUGGAUGUCUCAUCCUGAUUUUAAGGAUUUUGUUACGAACCUAUGGAGCUCUGGCGAUGGUCAUGCUGUGCAUAGAACAGCUAGUCUUGUGGCUCCACUUGGUACUUGGAAUCAGCAAGUUUUUGGAUGUUUAUUUACAAAGAAAAGGCAUCUGUUAGCUAGACUUGCAAGAAUUCAAAAGAAGCUGUGUCAUGAGCAUAAUCCUUUCCUUAGUAAGCUUGAGGUUGAGCUUACUAAAGAUUAUAAUUUACUGCUGGAUCAAGAAGAGAUUUUUUGGCUGCAAAAGUCUAGGAAUACCUGGCUUAAUGAAGGGGACAGGAAUACUCGGUUCUUCCAUCUGUCUACAAUUGUGAGACGAAGAAGGAAUAAGUUGGAAGGGUUACAUAAUGAUUUUGGGGAUUGGAUUACUGAGAAACAGAGCAUGAAACAUAUUAUUGUUAAGUAUUUUCAAGGGUUGUUUAGUGCUUCUGAUAUGGUUGGUGACUAUGCUUUGCUUCCUCAGUUGUUUCCUAGUCUUGAAGGGGAUGAGCUUGAAGGUCUAAGUUGUCCUGUUUCUAUUGAAGAGAUCAAGAAUAGUGUGUUUGCUAUUGGUAGAUUUAAGACCCCAGGACCUGAUGGUUUCCCAGCUCUGUUCUACCAGGAUUAUUGGGGGGUUUGCUCUGAUGAUAUCAUCUCCUUUGUACAGGAUUGCUUUAAUACUGCCUCCCUUCCAGAUCAUUUAAAUGAGACUCUAAUUUCUUUGGUGCCUAAAGUGGAGAGGCCUAUGUGUAUGAAUCAGCUUAGGCCUAUUAGUCUUUGCAAUACUCUUUAUAAAGUGGUCUCUAAAAUCCUGGUGGCUAGGCUUAGGCCGUGUAUGACUAAGCUUGUUAGCCCUAGUCAAGUUAGUUUUGUCCCAGGAAGACAAAUUACAGAUAACAUUAUUGUUGCUCAAGAAGUGCUCCACAAAUUUAAAUCUGCCAAAGGGAAGAAGGGUUUUAUAGCUUGGAAAAUUGAUUUAUCCAAAGCUUGUGAUCUUAUGCAAUGGCCUUUUAUUAGGGAGGUGCUUUGGGAAGCAGGCAUUAAAGGAAGCAUUUUGGAGUUGCUCAUGCAGUGUAUCACUUCGGUGCAGUACAAGGCCAUUCUUAAUGGGGAGCUAACUGACUCGUUCUCUCCUCAGUGUGGUAUUAGGCAGGGGGACCCUCUCUCCCCUUAUAUCUUUGUAUUGUGUAUGGAAAAACUCUCCCAUCUCAUUCGCAAAAGAUUCAAGAUAGAGCUUGGAAAUCUGUUCAGAUUUGUCAAGGAGUUGUCUGGUCAGCGAGUUAGCUUUGAAAAGUCUAUGAUAUUUGUCUCCCCAAAUACAAACUCUGAGUUGGCUAAUGCAAUUGCUGCAAUUAGUGGUUCUCCUCUUACUGCUAGCCUUGGUAAGUACCUUGGUGUCCCUCUUAUUCAUACUAGAGUGAAUAAACAAACGUAUCAAGAGGUUAUUGCUAAAGUUCAGAUGAGAUUAGCUUCUUGGAAGAGCCAUACGUUAUCUAUGGCAGGUAGAAUUACUUUGCUUGAAUCUGUUACUGCUGCAAUUCCUAUCUAUACUAUGCAAACUGCCAAGUUGCCUAUGUCUGUUUGUGAUAAAUUGGACCAGCUCAAUAGAAAUUUUCUCUGGGGGCAUACCAGUAAUACUUCUAAAAUCCACCUUGUCAAUUGGGAGCAAGUGUGUAAACCUAAGGUUGCUGGUGGAUUAGGCAUCAAAAGAUCUUCUUGGAUGAACCAAGCUCUUUUGGCUAAAACUGGAUGGAGACUUCUUCAACAUGAGCAAGGUUUGUGGUCUCAGGUCUUCCAUGCUAAGUAUUUAAAACAGCAGAACAUUUUAGCUGUGAAGGACUCUUAUUUUCCUUGUAGCUCUAGUGUCUGGAGGGGUGUGUUAUAUGGUAAUUCUGCCCUUUCCAAAGGUAUUAAGUGGAGAGUAGGUUCCGGGGAUAAUGUCUUAUUUUGGACUGAUAGGUGGUUGAGUUGUGGGCCUUUGUAUCAAUAUGCUAUCAUUGAUCUCUCUGAGGAAAUGCUUAAGUUGAAUGUUGGUGAUUUUUUGGAGGAGGGGUUUACGCCUAAUGGUUCUUUCUCGGUAAAUUCAGCUUAUAGCUCUUUAUUUCCUGCUGAGGCUUCAGUUAAAUGGGACUGGCAGUUUCUUUGGAGGUUGCGGCUCCCUCCUAAGGUUAAAACUUUUCUUCGGAUUGUUUGUCACCAAAAGUUGCUUACUAAUGUGCAAAGGCAGAAGAGAGGCCUCACUCAGGUUCCUACUUGCCCUAGAUGUGAUUAUCCUAUGGAAACUAUUGCUCACCUGUUUAAGGAUUGUCCUUUCUCUUUGGCUAUUUGGAAUUGUCUUCAAAUUGGAGAUAAUUCUAGCCCUGACUUGAUGGAGUUUAAAGAGUGGCUGUUAAGGAAUCUGCAGUCUAAAAGAAUGGUUUAUAAUGGGUUGCCUUGGCCUCUGGUCUUUGCGCUUUAUUUGUGGUUUAUCUGGAAAUGGAGAUGUAAAGGAAUUUUCGAUCAAAGGUUUGUUAUGCCUGUUGACCCACAACAAUUAAUUCUUCAGUAUGCUUGGGAGUGGUUUAAUGCUAACAAACCUCCUUCCCAUUCUUAUAUGCCAUCUGUUGUUCAACUUCAUUGGAUAGCCCCUACUCAUGGAGUUUGUAAGAUUAACACAGAUGGAAGUCGUAAUAGUGAUUCUGGGUCUAUUGGUGCUGGUGGUCUCUUAAGAGAUAAUUAUGGUGCUUGGAUUAAGGGCUUCUCUGUGAACUUGGGUGUUGGCUCUGUUCUUGAAGCUGAGUUGUGGGGGCAUUUUUUGGGGGCUUCAUUUGGCUUGGGAGUCUGGCUUUCGUUUUGUGGAGGUGGAAAUUGUUGCAAGUUAAAGGUGCAAGCUGGUUGGAAAUGUUCAGUUAAGCAUAUUUUCAGAGAGCAGAAUGUGGCAGCUGAUGUCUUGGCUUCUAAGAGUUCUGUGUUUGGCUCUGGGGUGCUUUAUUUUACUGAGGUGCCUGAUUUUCUUGUGACUUGUUUGGCUGAGGAUGCUAUUGGGGUGUCCAGAUCCCGUGUGGUUGGUGCUUAG